AUGUCAAAUAUCGGAGGCGGGGUAGCCGGCGAGGAUUCUGUUAUCCACGAUCUAAGAGAAGAGAAGGGACAAAUUUAUAUGGCGGGAUUGGUUACGAGUCGCGUGGUCGUGAGAACCACGCGACGGCGGGACAAUGACUUCCAGGUGUUCAAGGCGAUCAGAACGCUUUUGGCGUUGUUUUAUAUGCGGCAUUUGGGUUAUCUAUGGUUGGAGCUCGUGCCUAUGGGAUAUAUUGGUCUAUAUUGGUCUAUAUUUGGUCUGUUGAUAUACUCACCUGUCUACAUAUGCCACCUUUUUUUCUAUGUAUCUUCCCACGCUUAUUGUAAAAGCUAG